AUGCAGCCACCAUCCGUGAUGUUCGGCCACCACUUUGGCACCCAGGCUAAGGCUGGAUUCUCAUCUUUCCCCAUUGUGAGGAAGUUCGGUCCGGAAAGCUUCAACUUCAAGGACCUUUCCAUGAAGACGGGCCACGCCGACUAUUUCACCGCCAACCCACACAGGGGGUCUUCGCCCACGGUUAGUCUCGCGGCAGAUCUAUCUCAAAACUUUCACAUUGAUCGGAGCCCGCAACUAGUUACCCCCCGAAGGUCUCUUUUUACGGCGAGCCUUUUGGGCCCCGACAAUGGUCGUGGUAAGAAUGCUUUUCUAUGUAAGAACAAAAAAACAGGAUAUGAACAGGUCUUAGUAUUAGAUACAAUGACGACGCCCCCGAUGCCGCCCUCAUCGCCUGCUCGUGGGUUGGAGAUCAUGGAAAUGUCUCCUUUGCCUCACAAGAUACCCUAUUGCCAUAAUGCGGAUUUGGAUUUGGAUUCUCCUACUGCUGAGAUUUCUUUGGCCAAGGCUCAGCAAAGCCACCUACAGCGUUCCUUACAGGCUUCUCCCAUGGACUUGGAGCCGCCAGGUCGUUUACAGAGGGCUAAACCCCCCAUGCUAAGGCCUUCUUUAAUCCGCUCUAAAGCCUACAGCUCUAACGACAAGGACACAUUGGUACCCCAGCCGCCACCUUUCAUGUUUGCUGCUGGCAGUAGGAUUACCCCCUGUGCUUCACUGUCCCUGUCCGAGAUGUUCGAAGAAUCCCCACCGCGAAAUCUUGCAUCAAAGCCCAAUAUUUCAGUAAACUCUAUGGGGCCUCCGCGACCUAGAGCACCCUUUUCUGGAGUAGUUGGCCAAUCUAGAUCAAAUGGCUCUCCAGCAAAUGGUAUACGCAAAAGCCCAAAUCCUUUUUGUCGUCCCAGAAAGUUGAGUAGAAGAUCUUUAAGCAUGUUCGAGCAUCCAGAAGAUAUUGUCAACCAAGACGAAGAUUCCAUUAUGCUCUCGAGCCCAGGCCUCCAAUCCAUUGCCGACAUUGACACUCGACCACAGUUACAGUUGCCGCAUUUUAUACCAGAAGACGUACCGGACCAGCUCCCCCGUAUUGAAAGUAGCGUGCUGGUCGACAUAAUUAAUGGAAAAUAUAAUGACCGAUAUGAUAAUAUAACUAUCAUUGAUUGCCGUUUUGAAUACGAGUAUGAAGGCGGCCACAUUAAUGGCGCCGUUAAUUACAAUGAUAAAGAGCAUCUUGCUACUCAAUUGUUUGGAGAGGAGUUUAAGCCAAAAACAGCGUUGAUAUUCCAUUGCGAAUACUCAGCCCAUCGCGCCCCCAUCAUGGCCAAAUACAUCCGACACAAAGACCGCGCGGUCAAUGUGGAUAUAUAUCCUGAACUCACUUAUCCGGAAAUGUAUAUUCUGUAUGGAGGAUACAGCGCUUUUUUCUCCGAACACCGCUCCUUAUGUUACCCCCAAAACUACGUCGAAAUGGCCGCCAAAGAACAUGAAUUUGCUUGCGAACGGGGACUUGGCAAAGUCAAACAAAGGUCAAAGCUGUCUAGAGCUCAAACUUUUGCCUUUGGCCAGAACUCGCUUCCGAUGGAAGACAGCCCGACCGGACGUUGUCGCGCAACCAGUGACCGCAGCGUUGACCCUGGUUCAUUUGACCAAGACUCUGCCGGCAGCCGCAUUUCUGGACGUCGGAUGUUCUCUUAUUAA